GCAAACAGUGGGAACUACAUGUUUCUAGCUCCGUUGAUUUGAAUGAAUUGCCAACAUUGGAACAAUUCAAAAAUUUCAUAGAAAGCCGUUUCCGUGCAUUAGAAUUUGUAGAUUCGAAAAAACCCGCACCACAGACCAGUGCUUCUAGUUCAAAACCAAGAGCUUUUAUAGCUACAAGGUCCUCAGGUAUGUGCUGUGAAUACUGUUCAGAGCACCACAAAUUAUGUUUUUGCAAAAAGUUUGCUAAUGAAGAUAUCGCAAAAAGACGCGACUUUGUAGCUAAAAAUUCGAUUUGUUUCAAUUGUUUAGGCGGAAAUCACACAGUGUUGCAGUGUAAAAAUCCUGGAUCUUGUAAGCUUUGUAAAAAACGACAUCAUUCGCUUUUGCACCCUAAUGUCGGAAGCACAACUACCAAUCCAAUGGCAAAGGAACCUACUGAGAGUCCUAGUACAUCAUCUAGUGCUCAACCAGUAGUUUCAUGCUUAUCAACUCAAAAGAUCGCCAGCUGUAGUCAGGUUUUACUUGCCACUGCAUUAGUAAAUACCGAGUCGGAAGCUGGGGGAAAUCACGUGCUCAGAGCUUUAUUAGAUCAAGGGUCACAAGCCUGUUUUAUAACAGAGGCCGCAGUCCAGUUACUACGUCUAAAGAAGACUCCUGCUAGUGGCAUAAUUACUGGUCUUGGUGGAGACAAAGCUCUAACAUCGAAAUAUGUUGUUACGGUUAAACUAAGAUCGAGGGGAAACCUGGACAGAAAAAUACAGGUCACAGCUUAUGUGCUAAAGAACAUUACAACGUUCCUACCAGAACGUCAAGUUCAGGGCUUAGACUGGACAGAAUUAAAAUAUUUACAACUCGCAGAUCCCUAUUUUGAAACUCCCAAGGCCAUUGAUAUGCUAUUAGGUGCUAACGUCUACAGCCAAAUAGUGCAAGAGGGCAUAAAGAAGAGCCAAAAUGGGAAGCUCAUUGCACAAAAAACAACGUUAGGUUGGAUUUUGUCUGGCUCAGUCAAUGAACCUUUAAACAGAAACGACGGGGACCCACCGAAAAUAUCGGUCAUGCAUGCUAAGGUUACCGAAACAGAUAUUUUAAAACAGUUUUGGGAAUUAGAAGAAGAGAGAUAUAGUACGAAGAGUAUGUGGACAGAAGAGGAGAAAAGAUGCGAAGAAAUCUUCGUCACUACAACAAAAAGAACAGAUGAAGGUCGCUACAUCGUGAAAUUGCCAUUUCGAGAUAGUCAGCCUGGUUGUUUAGGUGGUGAUUCGCGACAAAUAGCUGUAACAAAAUUCAAAACAUUAGAAAAAAGGCUAUCAAGGAAUUCAGAACUGAAAGAAAAGUACACCGAAGUAAUUAACGAAUAUUUACACUUAGGACACAUGAGAGCUAUAACAAAGGAUGAUAUGAAAAAGAAUGAAGCUGUCUACUUACCACACCACGCAGUGAUAAGAAACGACAAGACAACCUCAAAGGUGCGCGUAGUCUUCAAUGCAUCAAGCAAAAAUAACUUAGGAGUCUCGCUCAAUGACAAUCUAAUGAUAGGACCUAAACUGCAGUCAGAUUUACGGCAUACUGUAAUAAGAUGGAGAGUUCAUCCGAUCGCGUUGGUAGCUGACAUUAUCAAAAUGUAUCGGCAGGUCAGAAUUGCUGAAGAGGACACCAUGUUUCAACGCAUAGUUUGGCGCGACAGCCCUGAAACAGAAAUACAAGAUUAUGAAUUAUUAACAGUGACGUUUGGAACUGCAUCCGCUCCGUACUUGGCUGUCAGAGCAUUGAACCAAGUAAGCCUAGAUGAAGGUACGAACUUUCCUCUAGCUUCAUCUAGAGUAUUGCAAUCAUUCUAUAUGGAUGACUUAAUGACUGGAUGCGUUAGCGUGGAGGAAGGCAUGGAGAUUUAUAGGCAAAUGACUGCGUUAUUAUCUAAAGGCGGGUUUCAACUACAAAAAUGGAACAGCAAUAGUAAGGACUUGUUGGAUCAGAUACAAAAUAAUGAAAAUCAAGAAAAGGACAUGCACAAGCAGAUUCCUGAAUUCCAGAACAAGCAAAAACAGAGAACACAAAAAAUAAAUAGACUGGACAACGAGGACAAAAUGAUAGAGGACAUGGAAAAUAUCAAGGACAAAAAGGAUAUAGAAAUUAAAACAGAAAAUACAACCAAAGUGUUAGGACUUACCUGGGACCGAAGUGAAGACCAGUUUAGGUACUCGGUGAAUCUCCCGCAUACAACGCCUGGACCUGAAACAAAGAGAUCAGUAUUAUCAGUGAUAGCGCGUCUGUACGAUCCGCUAGGUUGGAUAGCACCUAGCAUAAUAGUAGCAAAAAUGUUCAUUCAAAAAUUAUGGUUAGCAGGUGUAAACUGGGAUGAACCAAUUUCAGAAGAAUUAAGAAGAGAAUGGGUUACUUACCGCAAUGAACUGGAACAACUCACCAAAGUACAAGUCCCACGAUGGCUAGGCAUUUCAACAACGGACAGUGAAAUUGAAUUACACGGGUUCUGCGAUGCAUCCAAACUGGCCUAUGCAGCCGUUGUCUAUUUGAGAAUCGUUGACAGUGCGGGAAACAGACAAGUUUCUUUACUAGCAGCAAAAACAAGAGUAUCACCAAUUAAGCAGGUCAGUAUUCCUCGUCUCGAACUCUGUGGAGCAGCACUCUUAUCGAGACUUUUAGCAGAAGUGGCCGAUGUUUUGAGCAUCUCAAAGAACAACAUCAGAGCUUGGACGGACUCGACGGUUGUUCUUUCUUGGUUAAAUAGCCAUCCAAGUCGUUGGAAGACUUUUGUAGCCAACAGGGUUGCAGAGAUCCUAACGACUAUGGAUUCUGCCCAGUGGUAUCAUGUCUCAUCCAAGGAGAACCCUGCAGACUGUGCAUCGCGAGGUCUCCAACCGGGAUUGCUUGCAGAGAAUGAGCUUUGGUUCUCCGGUCCACAAUUUCUUAGAGAACAAACCAUAAAAUAUAAAAGGCCAAUAAAUCUGAAAGUUCAUUUAGAAGAAGCAAUUAGUACGCACUUUAAUGCGUUAUCUGAGGACACCCUAUUCCAACGAUUUUCUUCCUUACAGAAACUGCUACGAGUAGUAGCUUACUGCAGACGAUUUUAUAAAAGAAACACUUAUAGGACAACGCAUUUAUCUAAAGAAGAAUUAGAUCAAGCAAGGAUUUGUUGUAUCAAAAAAGCACAAAGGGAGGAAUUUAAUGAAGAAUAUUUACAGUUAAAAAACAAGGGGUCUUUACAAUCGAAAAAUAGUAAAUUACAACCUUUGUGUCCAUAUCUAGAUGACCAUGGGGUAAUGAGAGUGAGUGGUAGAUUACAAAAAUCGCAAUUAUCCGAACAGACCAAACAUCCAAUAAUAUUACCACACUCUUCAGACUUUACGAAAUUGGUGGUAAUGGACGCGCAUCAAAACACUCUUCAUGGAGGGACCCAGUUAAUGGUCAAUUAUCUGAGAACAGUGUAUUGGAUUAUAGGUGUGAAAAAUUUAGUCAAACAAAAUAUUCGUAAAUGCGUAACGUGUAUCCGGCAAAAGGCUAAUAUUCAACAUCAAUUUAUGGGAUCCCUUCCAUCAGUUCGAUGUACUCCUGCUAGGGCAUUUCUGCAUAGUGGAGUUGACUAUGCGGGGCCCAUACAAGUAAGGGCAACUAAAGGACGCGGUUACCGUUCUUAUAAGGGCUACAUUUGUUUAUUUAUCUGCAUGGCCACCCGAGCCAUUCAUUUAGAAAUGGUGAGUGACAUGAGCACGCAGGCUUUCAUAGCAUGUUUCCGGAGAUUCGUGGCCAGACGCGGUCAUUGCACACAAUUGUGGAGUGACAAUGGCACUGCGUUUGUAGGUGCUGCUAAAGAGCUCCAGCAACUCAACCAGAUGCAAAGGGAUGUGGCUGAAUAUUUAGCAACCAAUGGCACCGAAUGGCACUUUAUUCCACCUCACGCCCCUAAUUUCGGUGGUCUUUGGGAGGCUGGUGUAAAGUCCACCAAAUUCCACUUGAAGCGUGCAAUCGGCGAGUCAACUCUAACCUUCGAAGAAAUGUGCACACUACUCAGUCAGAUAGAAGCAUGCCUAAACUCGCGACCUAUAUCAAUCGAUAGUUCAGAUCCGAGUGAUCCACGGCCGUUGACUCCAGGUCAUUUUCUUAUUGGAGGGCCGUUAAUAGCUAUACCGGAGGUCAAGGACUAUUUGACUUCCAAUGUAAGUUCACUAACAAGGUGGCAAUUUAUUCAAAGAAUCAUCCGGGUACUGAUAAUGUUACCCGCGUGGUCACCAUCAAAGUAAAAAAUUCUACCAUUAAGAGACCCACGUCCAAAUUAUGUAUUUUACCCGUUAGUGAAUAAGUAAUUACAAUGAUUUAAGUUCUUAGGUUAGGUCAAGCUCCUCUUUGUUAUUAAUUUAAGGGUUAAUUUGGUUUGUUUUAUUUCUACUAUUAUGUAAGUUCAAGCGUUUAUUUAAACAAAGUUCAAAAUUUAUGUGAGAUCACCCACCAAGAACAUUUGAGCAGUAUCAUUUACAGGUCUCAUAUUUAAUUAAGGCCAUUUCUCACUAAAUGUCCUUGGCGGGCGGUAUGUUUAAAAUUAAAGACAACUUUCGCUACCAGAUAAUAGA